CGCGGCUCGCCUGGCGCGGAGCAUGGAGGCUGGUGCCGCUCGGCCUACGCGGAAUCGUGCGGUCAGUCGCGGGUGAGCCGCUGUGCUUGGGCUAUGCACUCCCUCGCCCAGGAGAUCCGCAGCUUCUCCAGAGACAACUUGCGGAAGCAACGCACCCGCGUAACGACGCUGACCGGCAGGAGGAUCAUCGAGACGUGGCGCGGAGCCUGCUUACAGGUGGAGGAGGAGGAGGCGGCGGCGGCGCCCGGCGGUAGCGGCUAUGUGCAGGACCUCAGCGCUGACCUGCAGGUCGGCGUCGUAAAGCCCUGGCUGCUGCUGGGGUCGCAGGAUGCUGCUCACGACAUGGAGACGAUGAAAAAGCAUAAGGUUACUCAUGUUCUAAAUGUGGCAUAUGGAGUGCAAAAUGCCUUCCUUGAUGACUUUACAUACAAGACCAUUUCUAUUCUGGACCUCCCAGAAACUGAUAUUAUCUCUUAUUUCCCAGAGUGUUUUGAGUUUAUUGAGAAAGCCAAGAUACAGGAUGGUGUGGUGCUGGUCCACUGUAAUGCAGGAGUCUCCCGUGCAGCAGCAGUAGUCAUUGGUUUUCUAAUGAAUUCAGAAAGACUGAGUUUUGCUAGAGCCUUUUCCUUGGUGAAAAGUGCAAGACCUGCAGCUUGUCCAAAUCCCGGCUUCAUGGAGCAGCUUCACAAGUACCAGGAACAGAAUAUAAAGGCAAAUGGAAGCAUAAAUGAUCACAACUGAUCAAAAGGGAGAAGCAAAACAAUCUGCUUUGACUGUACAGUAACAGAUGUUGGAUGUACUUUAAUGUCAUUUUGCAGUUCAGUUUCACAUAUGCAUUUUAAAGUCUUUACAUAUUUAGGUUUUUUUUCUUACCCCACUUU